AAAAUUAGAGGCUAUAUAUAUAGAGCUAUUAGACCCGUCUUCUUCCAAUCAAUUAUAUUAAGAAGGGUAUAUAUAGUUCAAUAAUAUUCAUUGUUGUUACAAAAUACAUAGAAUUAUUAUGGGUGAUUCAGGAUCUUCCAAGAGAAUGUGGUGCUCAGUGCCAGAAAAGUUUCAGCUGCAUGGAGCAAUGUUGGCACUUCAAUUUGGAUAUGCUGGCUUCCAUGUUGUUUCAAGGGCUGCCCUUAACAUGGGAGUUAGCAAGCUUGUUUUUCCAGUUUAUAGGAACAUCAUUGCUUUGCUUCUCCUUCUUCCCUUUGCAUACUUCUUGGAAAAGUUACACUUGAUUACAGCAAAUCAAGGUUUCUAUUUGCUUGGGUUGGAGAACACAUCACCUACCUUCGCUUCAGCAAUACAGAACUCUGUUCCAGCCAUUACAUUUCUCAUGGCUGCUAUACUCAGGAUCGAACAAGUGAGACUAAAUAGAAAAGAUGGAAUAUCGAAAGUAGUUGGAACAAUCCUAUGUGUAAUUGGUGCAACAGUGAUCACACUCUACAAGGGUCCAACAAUAUACUCUCCAAAACCAACAACAACAUUAUUAUUAACAACAAGAUCAACAUUAAUGGAUCCAGUUGAUGAGGGCAAAAACUGGACCCUAGGGUGCAUUUACCUAAUUGGACAUUGUUUGUCAUGGUCUGGUUGGCUUGUGUUGCAAGCACCUGUUCUCAAGAAAUACCCUGCAAGGCUCUCUGUCACUUCAUACACUUGCUUCUUUGGAUUAUUGCAAUUCAUUCUCAUUGCUCUCAUUUUUGAAAGAGAUUAUCAAGCUUGGCUUUUCCAUUCUGGUGCUGAAGCCUUCACUAUUCUAUAUGCGGGAGUGGUGGCAUCAGGAAUUGCAUUCGCUGUACAAAUAUGGUGCAUUGAUAGAGGGGGCCCUGUGUUCGUUGCUGUGUAUCAACCUGUUCAGACUUUUGUUGUUGCAAUCAUGGCUUCCUUUGCUCUUGGAGAAGAGUUCUACUUGGGAGGGAUCAUUGGGGCAGUGCUAAUUGUGGUUGGACUCUACCUAGUUUUGUGGGGUAAAAGUGAAGAGAAGAGGAUUGCACAACUUGGAAUGGCAUCAAAUAAUAUUAAUGGAGAUCAUAGCAUUAUUAGGGCUUCAAGUCAUGCCAAAGCAUCAUCACUCACUCAGCCACUAAUCCUCCCUUCAUCAACUGACAAUCACGUUUAACUUCAACAAAACCCUAAUCUCUUCAUCAAAUUAAACCACAACAUUUUCUUGGAACCUAAGAAGAAGAAGAAGAAGAAGAUGCUAGUUAUACAUUACUAGCUAGCACCUUAAUUAUGUCAAGAAGUUUGUGUGUGUUUCGUGGUUUUUUUUUUUCAUCCUUCCUCUCCAUUUUGGUUUUUGUUUUAUUUUAUUUUCCUUUUUUUUUUGUUAAUUUAAAUAUUAUAAUGUUUUGUUAGUAGGUUAUCAUUUAGAAGUAUAUUUUAUGGGGAUGAUUAUUGUUGUAAUGGAGCAUGUCACUUGAAGUGGGGCCAUCGAGCCUGAAAAUCCCAUAUGGCUUUUUUAUAAAAAAAUGUUACUUUACGGUUUGAUUAAGGAAAUAAAUUGUUUAUUGUUUUAUAA